CAACCAUCCAUCAUCAAAGAGUCUUCAGCAUCUGCGAUGUCAUCUCAUCUGUCUAGGAAGCAGCAAAAGUCGCAAGCUUUCAAAGCGAAGCAAAAGGCUAAGAAAAGGGGAGAGACUAUCCCGGAAGAUGUCCCAGAGCAGGACUUAAUAGAGGACGUGGAUGAGGUCGUGGAUGAGGUCGUGGGAGAUGAUGUGGUCGAUGAGCCAGGUAGUUCGACAGGUACCGGCGUAGUAAAGGGGAAGGGGAAGGCGCUACCGACAGAGACGGAUGGACCGAUCAAGGAGAAGGUAUCUGCCGGAGGCAAAGGCAAGAAAAAGGCGAAGACGGCCUGGGAUGAAGAUGAGGAUGGGGAGCAGGUCAAGACGAAGAAGGACAUCAAGCAGAGAUUCAUUCUGUUUAUUGGUAAUCUAGACUUUAAGACCUCCAAAGAAACGAUUCAGGAUCACUUCACAGAAGCCGUCGGACACAAACCCGCCGUUCGACUCUUGACAACUAAAUCUACACCGAAAUCACCAGCUCAAUCGAGAGGUAUCGCGUUUCUCGAAUUGGCCACGUCUGCUGAACUUCAAGCAUGUCUCAAGUUGCAUCAUUCUAUGCUUGCCAAUAGGCGGAUAAACGUAGAGUUGACCGCUGGCGGAGGAGGCAAGAGCAAAGGGAGGAAGGACAAGAUCAAAGAAAGGAAUGAAAGAGUCGGUGGACAGAGAGCAAGAAAAGCUGAAAAGGAGGCAGAAUUGGAGGCGGAUGGCGAGACCGGAGGAAAUGGGCACGGCGGCAACGGUCUCGACCAGAGGGAAACCGGGACCUCUGGACAGAAGCGGAAAAGGGGGUCUGAGAGGCAUGAAGAGAGUCGAACGGAAGUUCAAGAUGGCGUGCGAGUCAGAGGAGGUAGGCGGAAGAGAGUCAAGGAUGGGAUCCAAGACAGCAGCAGUCGGCCAUCAUGUCGUGCUCCACGAGCUCAAAACGAAUGGUCAAACAACAGGUCCCGGGGUGGCGAAUGGAAUGGAUUAGGAAAUCAAGGACGAGAUCGGCAGCGACCACCGCGAUCUGGUCUGACAGGAGCCAAUGCAGUAAGCAUAGCAUAGCGCGCAGAUUGUACACCAU